CGCGCAGCUGUAAAAAAAGGUAGAGGUCUCGCUCGCCAGUCAAGUAGAAAGAACAUUUCCAAAUUCAACACUUUGGGGGAAAGUAAUUUUUUUGCUGUGUGUGUGCGUGUUAGUGUUUUUUUGGAAAUAUCAACAGUGUUUGAUUUUACUUCUAAGCCAAGACAAGAUUAGCAUAAAUUAUGGCGCUUGUUCGCAUUUCCGCACGUAAAUUGACUGAGGCUCAGAAACUGCCUGCCAUUGGAGCCUGUGUGCGCCAGAUUGCCGCCGAUGGCCAGAGCCUGCGCGAAGUGCUGGCCGUGAAGAUCCCGCAGGAGCAGGAGCGCGUGAAGAACUUCAGGAAGCAGCAUGGCGCAACCAAAAUGGGCGAGACGACCAUUGACAUGAUGUACGGCGGUAUGCGCGGCAUCAAGGCCCUGGUCACAGAGACAUCUGUGCUGGAUGCCGAUGAGGGUAUCCGCUUCCGCGGUCUCUCCAUUCCCGAGUGCCAGAAGGUGCUGCCCGCUGCCGAAGGUGGCUGCGAGCCACUGCCAGAGGGUCUCUUCUGGCUGCUGCUGACUGGCGAGGUACCCACACGGGCGCAGGUACAGCAAUUGUCCUGCGAGUGGGCCGAUCGUGCUGCACUGCCCCAGCAUGUGGUCACCUUGUUGAACAACAUGCCAACAACUCUGCAUCCCAUGUCACAAUUCUCGGCUGCCAUCACUGCUCUGAAUCAUGACAGCAAGUUCGCUCAGGCCUACUCCAAGGGUGUGCACAAGUCCAAGUACUGGGAGUCUGUCUAUGAGGACAGCAUGGAUCUGAUUGCCAAGCUGCCCGUCAUUGCUGCCACCAUCUAUUGCAACACCUAUCGUGGCGGCAAGGGCUCGCGCUCAAUUGAAUCUGGCAAGGAUUGGUCGGCCAACUUUGUGAAGAUGCUGGGCUAUGACAACGCUGAAUUCACCGAGCUGAUGCGCCUCUACCUGACCAUCCACAGCGAUCACGAGGGCGGCAAUGUCUCUGCUCACACUGUGCAUUUGGUUGGCUCUGCUCUCAGCGAUCCCUAUCUUUCCUUCGCUGCCGGCAUGAACGGCUUGGCUGGUCCACUGCACGGUUUGGCCAACCAGGAGGUGCUCGUCUGGCUGCGCAAGCUGCAGAAGGAAGCGGGCAACAACCCAUCGGAGGAGCAGCUCAAGGAUUACAUCUGGAAGACGCUCAAGUCGGGACAGGUUGUGCCUGGCUAUGGCCACGCUGUGCUGCGCAAGACCGAUCCUCGUUAUACCUGCCAACGCGAGUUCGCGCUGAAGCAUUUGCCCGAUGAUGAGCUGUUCCAGCUGGUCUCGAAGAUCUACAAGGUGGUGCCCCCAAUCCUUACCGAAACCGGCAAGGUCAAGAACCCCUGGCCCAAUGUAGAUGCUCACUCUGGUGUGCUCUUGCAAUACUAUGGCAUGAAGGAGAUGAACUAUUAUACCGUGCUCUUUGGCGUCUCUCGUGCGCUUGGCGUGCUCGCUUCUCUCAUCUGGGAUCGUGCUCUUGGCCUGCCCAUUGAGCGUCCCAAGUCGCUCUCCACCGACAUGCUCAUGAAGAUGGUCAAGAAGUAAUCUUAAGAGGCAACAGCAGUGGCGUGGGAAGUUCAUUUCAAAGAUAGCAAAAGAGCAACAAGAAGUAUAAGCAAAAAGAGAGAGAACUAGAGAGAGUUAGAGAGUUACAACAAAAAAUAUUAAUUGACGAUAUGAUGAUCAAAAAAAAAACAAACAUAUAUAAUUAUUAUAUAUGGAAACGUAUGAAAAAUUACGACAGCGUUGAUAUUGGAAAAAAAACAUAAACAAAGUUUAGGGAGAGUUGGAUAGUAACUUCGCGUAGAAGACAAAAAACAACCAAAUACGAGAAUCACAAAACGCAGAGAGAUAAUAACAACACAAAAAGAACAUCAACAA